CUGACAGAGACAACAGCAUCACACCACAUCCAAAAACUGCCCCCUCUGCACCGAGACUUGAACAAGGAAAGCUAAACAGUCACGUUUGUAACUCUCUGGUUCUGCGCGUGAAUCUCGAUUUUGUUUAUGUUUUCGUAGUUGGUCAGCGCGAGAUAAUGAUUUCGCUGCGCGUGAAAGCAUAAAGAGUGCGUUCGCUAAAUACACAGAGACGUCUCAAGUGUCGGGUGCGCGCUAAUGAAUAGACUUCACUGAAUGUAUUUUUAUAUUUAGAGCUUUAAUGCGCCGCAUCUCUCGGGGGCAAUACUGGACAGCGAGGCAGAAACAAGACACACAUGCAGCAUGGCAUUUUUUAUGACAUUUUAAGGUCCAAGAAACAUACGGACAGCUCGAAGAGGAGACGCUGUCCGUUUUAAAGCGGGUUUCGGUUCUGUAUCGCGGUGUAAACACCGGCCGGGUUACAAAAUGAUGAUUUGCGGGGCAGUUCAGCAGAACGGGGUCUUCUCCACUCCUCAGCACCUCUCACAGUCACCACACGUGGACUCGGACCCAUCCGAUUCCCGAAAGAGACAACUGGAACCCCCGACCGAAGCGAGCAGCAGCAAGCGCUCCAACACCGGAGAGGAGGGUGAAUAUUUCCUGAAGGUGUUGAUUCCCAGCUAUGCUGCUGGUUCGAUCAUCGGUAAAGGAGGACAGACCAUCGUCCAGCUUCAGAAAGAGACUGGAGCCACCAUCAAACUGUCCAAAUCUAAAGACUUCUACCCAGGUACGACAGAGCGUGUUUGUUUGAUUCAGGGUACGGUGGAAGCGCUGAAUGGAGUCCAUAACUUUAUCGCUGAAAAAGUUCGUGAGAUGCCUCAGAGCAGUCAAAAGGCAGAGCCAGUGAGCAUUCUCCAGCCACAAACUACUGUUAACCCAGACCGCAUUAAACAGGCUAAACUGAUCGUGCCCAACAGCACUGCUGGGCUCAUCAUCGGUAAAGGUGGAGCUACAGUUAAGGCUGUGAUGGAGCAAUCAGGAGCCUGGGUGCAGCUUUCUCAGAAGCCUGAGGGCAUCAAUCUUCAGGAGCGCGUUGUGACGGUGAGCGGGGAGCCAGAGCAGAACCGCAAGGCUGUGGAGAUCAUUGUUCAGAAGAUCCAGGAAGACCCACAGAGCAGUAGCUGUCUCAAUAUCAGUUACUCUAACAUCACUGGUCCCGUGGCAAACUCCAACCCAACCGGUUCCCCAUUUGCCAACUCUACAGAGGUUUUACCCAAUGCCGCUGCGGCAGCUACGGCCUCCACACUGCUUGGCCAGGCGGGCCUUGCCGGCAUGGGAGGGUUCCCUACCGCUAUGUCUAGUUUCUCCGGUAAUGAUCUGCUUGCCAUUACGUCUGCCCUGAACACUUUGGCCAGUUAUGGCUACAACACCAAUACAUUGGGACUAGGCCUCAACCCGGCCGCUGCGUCUGGAGUUCUUGCUGCUGUUGCAGCUAGUGCCAAUCCUGCUGCUGCAGCUGCUGCCAACCUGCUUGCCACUUAUGCCAGUGAGGCUUCUGGAGGGGGCGGUCACCCUGCAGCACCUAGCUUAGGGGGCUUCUCGCUGGGCUCUCUAGCAGCUGCCACAGGGGCAUCUAAUGGGUAUCUGAACCCUGCAUCCCCACUGGUGGCAUCAUCUCUGCUAGGCACAGAGAAGCUGGCAGAAGGUGGAAAGGAGGUGGUUGAGAUCGCUGUGCCAGAGAACUUGGUCGGUGCCAUCUUGGGAAAGGGUGGCAAGACUCUGGUGGAGUAUCAGGAGCUGACAGGGGCACGAAUUCAGAUCUCCAAGAAGGGAGAGUUCAUUCCAGGCACACGCAAUCGCAAAGUGACCAUCACAGGGUCACCAGCGGCAACACAGGCAGCCCAGUAUCUAAUCAGCCAGCGAAUCACAUAUGAGCAAGGGGUCCGUGCCACCAACCCCCAAAAGCAAACUUUUGGACACACUACCAAGGAAUUUAAGUCCUUAAAAUCCUGAACUUGAAGAAUAAUUGGACCUGUUUAGACAGAUGUACCUCUUAACUCCUCCUCUUCCUCUGAUUGGAGGGGCCAGGCAAUGUCUGUGCCUGUUUUGUUCGAAAGGAACUCAGGUUGUCAUACCUCAUGUUUGAAAAGAAGGAGAACGAUUUCCAGUUUGUAUGCAGUAGAGCAAAGUCUUAGGUGCAUUACAAAUGUCACUUUGUUCAAGUUGUGGUUAAUCCCUGUUUGCAUCAAUCUCUCAGCAAAAGGUUGAGGUAGUGAACGAGAGACUAAAAUGACCUACAGCUUUUGUGAUCUGUUUGAACUGAUUCCAAGGCCAGAGGAUGCCUCUGUCAUGACUGUCAACUUUCAGCCUUCCUCUGUACAGAAGUGUUACUGCAAGGCAAACUCUUGCAGAUGAACUGAUCUCAUAUCUGCUUCCUUUUAGAAACCAAACAUCUAACAGCUCCUAAAGCAUUGGUUGAGAGAUUCAUUUGACCACCACCUUUCCACUGAUCAACUGGUUGUUUUCUUGUACACCAGCGGUGAUAGUUAAUCAUUAGUUAAUUCCACAGUUGUACACUGCAUCAAAGUGUUUUGCUGCUAACAGCAUUUUCGGUCUUGCCAGCAAUUGGCUCUUGCAUGGAGAUUGAGCAGGAGCUCCUGUACAGAGCGAGUGAUUGUCUCUGAACCACACUGUGAAUCCAGCAGCCUGAUGCCAUCGCAACUAUGAAAUGUACUGUACAUAUUAAACCAUCAAGUGUGUGUCCGUUAAGACAGCAUGACAGAAUAAAGCACUGAAAUCGUGCGAGCACAAGAACACAGGACACAAAGCCCUGCUGUAGGAACGACUACCUGUAGUUUACUUUGCUCUUUCUCUAAACUGGAGGUCGCCGAGGGUCAGAUUCUCCCGCCGCGGGCCCAGGCCUGUCAUUGAUUAGCAGAUCUCCAUUUGAACCCUGGACUUCUAUAUACAGUAUAAGGACACUGAACAGCCCAAUCUACUGCUGACCUACAUACAUACUCUAAAAGACAUUCAUCAUCUCCCCUCAACUACCAGUUCUCUAAUCUACUCUGUAUGGGGGGAGCAGAAACGUAGAAAAAGGAGGGAAGAGACAAACAGAGAGAGAGAGAGAGAGAGAGAGUGAUCGAGAGAGGGAGAGAGUGACCUAUUUAUAUCCAUUGAGUAAUUGUGAGAAAUAUUAGCAUUAAGUGCAUUUUCCAUCUCUCAUGAUUGCUAUUUUUUAAUACAGUUUAAAAUUUGACAUACCAUGUCAUACCUUACAGUUCAUAUAUUCCCUAUUAAACCUUACUGUAUUUGAGUACCAGCCGUAAGACAUCAGGUUCUCCCGAGUAGUAGUUAUGUACAUUAGUACUGUUUGGAGAUCAAAUUAUGUACCUGAUUUCAGAAGCACAAGCACUAGAGGUAGUGCAGCAAUAUGAGGGUAAUAUGAUUACUGACAAGGGAGAUUAAUUUAUAUUCGGAGAAAAACAAUUCUAUUUGUUGAAAAUAAACUUGAUGUUUAGAGAUUAUACACUCAUGACUCUAGGAGUAAGUCCUUCUCUCACUCUCUUCUAGUCUCUUGUCCUCCCUCUGUCUUUAGACUACCUCUUUAUCUUUCAGCUAGAGCUUCUUAUGUCUUGCUCUCUCACCAGUUGUUUUCUGUUUCUCUGCUCCUGUCCCCUCUCGGUUUCUCCCUCUCCAGACUUCCGGUCGCCACGGAUGUGUUGUGUGUGUAUUGUGGAGGUUUUGUGUCUCUGCAGGGGUCGAUGGGUAUUCUGCCCUGUGUCGUGAACACCUUACCUCGGAACUAAUAUACCGCAAAGUCCAACGUUAAUACUCAUGAUUAGAUUCUCACGCUCUCAUUGAGGUUCUGCCUGAUAAUGAUUCAGUAUAUUACCUUAAGUUAGCUAGAACAGGGAAUUUGUACAAUGAGAGAACAAGGUGUGUAAACCCAGAGGAAAGAACUCUGGGUUAAAAAAAAGGAUAAAAACAAACAAAAAACAAUAACGGAAGGGAGAUGGAUGUGAUAGCCACCUCAAACUCAAACGAUGAAUUCACCAUCUUUUGAGCUCUGUGUUAUCUCUUUUCUCUCUGAGAGCUAUCUAAGAUAAUUUCUGCAUUCUUCCUUCAUUUAAAAAAAAAAAUAUGAAACUGUGGAAUCUGUCAUGUCUCAUGUUCUUUGUGUAUUUUGGUGUAGUUCCUCUAGUUUGUGGUCUAAAUGCAAUUUUGCGCUGUUGGUUUCAGUGUGUGAUUAUCCGUUAUACUUGUGUGAAUGAUGAAAGUGCCAAUCAAGCCUGGUUAAGAUUAGCUUUGCGAUUUGUUUGUGCUUUAGAGUUGCUCUCUUUGGAGAGCUGGUGUCCAUAGCUACGUCACUGAUAAUUUUAGAUUGACUUAAAAUGUAAAGAACUAUUGGAAGCAAUAUUGUAGCAUGUUGUCAAGUUUUGUGUUUUGUUAUGUCUAUUGUAUGAGCCUUUGGAAUUACUACAAAUUUUGAAUGAAUAGGUUUACAUGUACUUUUUUGUAAUAACGUAAGUUGAAAAAAAAAAUAAUUAAAAAAUGCUGCUAUUUGAUAAGUGAAAAAUACAGAAAUAUUUUAGUUGGAAAAAAAACAAAGUCUGGUCUGUUGAUUAGGAUUGUGCUCGUUUUCUACAGGGGUAUAAACGAGGUGUAUCAAUAUUAAUUACAUAGACGCAGAAAUAAUCUAGUCUGUGCCAAACUAGACCUUCACAGCUUCUGUACAUGUAGGUGUGUGAUGAAACAUUAGAUAUCGAUAACUUAUUUAGAAGCAUUGAACAAGUGCCAAUCAAUCAAUAUAUUUUAGUUCCAAUGAAAAGAUAAUCAAUAAAGGGAAAAAAAUUACAUAGCACAAUGUUAGUAUUGUUUUUACCCCAUAGCUGCAUAGACUAAGAGAAGAAUUGUUUUAUGCAUACAUAUGGUUUUAAUACACUCAGUAGAGGCAUCCUGUGCAUUUGUUUGACCUGUGGCUUCCGCACUGCUUUUAAGUCAUAUUGUCUCUGUAGGUCGGCAUGGAGUAGGCAUACACAUGUUAUACACAUGUUAUUAAGCAUUCAUAACACUCCAUUUAUGAAAGUGUGUUUUGUGGAUUUAGGUGUUAUAUUUUUGCACGUCUCUAUUGCAUGAUAUCCAAGUGAAUUAAUGAGGGGUGGGAAAUGAAAACAAACAGACAAGCAAACAUGAAACAAUUAACAAAUUGUUUUGCAUCUUGUGUCGCUCUGAGACACAGUUCUGAAUGUGUCCCAAACGGAGCACUCUUUCUUUUUGUCACUUCAUUUCUUUUUCUUUGGUUUGUAGUACUGCUUGUUUUUCUCGGUCAAAUGGGUGUGGUCUUUUAAAGGCCAAUACACAUAGGCCUAAGAACAGCAGUGUAACCAUGGGAACUGGAGUCAAUUUAGGAAUUUAUGAAAGCAAGAGGAUUCCAGUUCACGACAAUGUGAAAUGCAUCAAUCUUUUGGUUGGGAAAAUACCCAUGCAUGGAAAUGUCAUUUCAGUUCAGAUUUUUUGCCUUUAUGGUCAUAUUUUGUCAUACGAGAAAUUGCAUUUAUUGGUUUUCAGACAUCUCUAGUUUCUCAGCUUGAUUCUCCUGACCCCACAUGUAAUUUAUGAAUGUAUUUACAUUUGCAUAAACUGAAACAAAAUGUUAUUUCAAUGUUAAAUGUCUUUUAGGUGUGAUGUUUACGGCGGAGGUUGUAAAAGUUCAUGAAGCUCGAUCAUAUCUGUCAGUGUUAGGAAGGCCCAGAGCCACAUUAGCACCCAAAUUCAUUUCUCUCUUCCUGUCUGCUGAUGCAUCAAAUGCACUUUACUGAGCAUUAGGUCCCAUCACAAACACACACAGUGUAACCUUCUACUGGAUGCAAAACUGAACCAAGCAACCUGUUUUUAACAUGGGAAAACUUUGACAGGUACAUUGUUGUUUUUCCUGUUGUUGUGUUUUUAUUAUUUGCAUUCUUUGGUGUUUGUAAAUGAGUUGUACUUUUUUAAAGUGUGUUUAUUUUUGUAAUUUUUAUUCAUUUCGGGGAGGAGAGGUCAGAAGGAGAUUGUACGAUAUCUGUCUUGCAUUCCACUGUCUCUCCUUCUACAUUCCCUUCCGUGUGUGUGUGUGUGUGUGUGUGUGUAAUUGUGUGUGUGUGAGAGAGAGAGAGAGAGAGAGAGAGCACGUGUGAGUGAGAAUGUUUGCAUGAGUGUGUGUUUGUGAGUGUCUAGAUAAUGACACGCAGACACUAUUGUUACCAUUGUACUUGCCAACUGUGUGAAGCUGAACUGCUUUGAAAGUGAAAGGUGUUAUUUUUGAUUUUUAAAACUGUACGUUCUGUUCAGUUUAGAAGAAUGGAAAAUAAAUUGCAGAAA